AUCUGGGGUGAGUAUUACAUCGCAUAGACCGAACGGACACUCUGUGCGCGCUUUCAACAUGAUUCUUGAAGAACAGAGAUUUAUCCAUGAGGACCUGGAGCGGUUGGAGCAGGCCAUUGCCGACCGCGUGGCUGAAGAACCUCGUAAUCUACGCGACCGCCUGAACCGCGACCACGAGGUCUCACACUUUCUCAACCGCAUAGAGGAACAGUCAAAGAGACUGCUGGACAUUUACAAGGAUACCGAUGGCGCGCGCAACAAGGAGAUCCAAUCUAUCUCGACCGGCGAUCAGUUCGAGGAGUUUUACCGACAGCUGGACGAAAUCAAGGACUUCCACAAGCGCUACCCCAAUGAACCGGUCGAGAACCUCGAGCGGGCCUACAAGCGCCGUCAGCUUGGCGAGGGUGAGACGACCGGAAUGGAAGUUGACAAUCUGUUCACCGGUGAGGAAAGCUACGGGCAGUUCUUGGACCUGACGGCCUUGCACGAGGAGUACCUGAACCUCCCCGGUGUGAAGAGGCUUUCGUACGUUCAAUACCUCGACAUCUUCGAUGCGUUUACGCCCCCGCAAUUGCCGAUCAAGCGCAACAACAAGAUCUCAGAUAGAUACUUCAAAUACGUCGGCGAGCUCGCGAGUUACCUGGAAAGCUUCAUCAAGAAGGUAAGACCGCUACAAGAUCUCAGCAAGCUGUUUGCUAGCUUCGACGAUGAAUUCGAGAAACAAUGGUCGGCGAACGAGGUUCCGGGCUGGACGGAGGAGAAGGCAGAGAAUGGGACUCAGGGCCCGAAGACUGAAGGGUCUGGGGAAGGCAUCUGGUGUGCUGAUUGCGAGAGAGAGUUCACGAAUGAGAACGUCUACAAGAACCACCUGACGGGCAAGAAGCAUAUCCGUGCCGCUGAGGCUCGUAAGGCCGCCGGUGACUCCAGCGACAGACCCGCGCCAGCUGCUGGCAGCGGGAUCCCAGGUGCCCACAGAUUGAAGGAACGCGCGGUGGCAGAGAGGGAACAUCGCGUCCGGUCCCUUACGCAAGUCCUUAGCGCAGAGCGUGAGGCGACCAAGAUCAAUGUCGAGCGCAAGCAGGGCAUGACUGAGAGGGAGCGUCAAAUGGAACUUGAAGCGCUACUGAACGAAUCUGAAUACACCGGCGGAGAUCGUGGAAACGACCAAUCUGAUGAUGAAGGCGACGAUCGAAUCUACAAUCCUCUCAAGCUGCCACUUGCCUGGGAUGGAAAGCCCAUCCCUUACUGGCUCUACAAGUUGCACGGUCUUGGUGUCGAAUACCCAUGCGAAAUCUGCGGAAAUUUCGUAUACAUGGGCCGUCGCGCCUUCGACAAGCACUUUUCUGAGGCCUUGCAUAUCUUCGGCCUGAAGUGUUUGGGAAUCACGUCGAACACCAAUCUCUUCCGUGAGAUCACUCGGAUUGACGAGGCAUUGCGACUAUGGGAGAAGCUUGAAAAGGACCGUAAGAAGGACAGAGACAACCGUGACAACGUGGUGCAGAUGGAGGAUGCGGAAGGAAACGUGAUGCCAGAGAGAAUCUACCUUGAUCUCCAGAAGCAAGGUAUCUUGUAAGCGGCGUUUCUCACUUCUUUCCAACACAUGGCCUCAUCUAUUUGUCUUGUUGCUUUAAUUUGAAAAGCCUGGAGUUCGGCGGUGUUUUCUUUUUCUUGUUGUUUAUGGUUGCCACCUGGACCACUGGGAUCAUUGUUGGUUAGAAUUGAUCAGUCAAUCGCAGCAGCUUCUAGGGCUCUGCACAUUAUGUAUUCUAUGCGAAGGAUUCCUGAGCACAAUCCGAGUUUUUCUACUAUCC